AUGGUGACAUCGCCAGCUGUUCCUGAAAUCUACGAAGACGAGCUACACUCGGCCAUCGAAGCGCGCUCCGAAUCUCUACAGACGCUCCGAGAAUUGGGUCCGCCAGACCUGGUCCACCUGAUAAAACAGCCUAUCAAGUCUGCGACAAAACAGAUUGGUGUCUACCAUCAUGUCACCGGCAUAGACGCUUCCUCGUCCGCUAGCCUAGCGGCUUACAUCAACACGCUUACAUAUUCUGCGCAUGACAAGCAAAACAAAGUAGUAUCGGGCUUGUAUUGCUGCUACAAUGCCUUUUCGCGGCUCGAUAUGCGCGUUCAAGUCUAUAUCCCAGGAACAGUUGAAAGCUACUGCAUUGACGAGCGCGGCGACAAACGAGUAGCCACCGAUGAACUCUGGCUAGAAACUUAUCUCUGCAGCGUCUUGCGCGCAUACUCGUACGCCGACGAUGGUUCGGGCGAUACUAUCAAGAAGAUUGUUGGUGUACGGAGAUUCAACCCAAUCACAAGCACAGAGAGCGAGCACAGGUUUCUGGAUGCUGCAGAGCGUCUCUUCUUCAAUGGCUGGCAACUUGGAUCCGACCCUGAAAUUCAAGUCCCCAAUCUCGUCUCAAAUCACUUGACGACAGGUCUGCUCAACUACAUUCACACGACCGGGAGAUACACCUCGGGCAUCAAUCUCUUCGAAAAACUGCGCACUCGUGAUCCAGAGAUCUCCUCGCUCCUCGCCCGCGUCUACAUCGAAGCAGAUGAGGAGGUCAAAGCUGUACAAUUGUUGCACGGUGCUAUUCAAGAAUUGCCCAUGGAUUACUCAUUACUGGACUGCCAAGCAGAGUUCUGCAACAAGAAGGGCCGUGGUGAUCUCGCACUGGAAAUCGCAAAGAGGAGUGUCGUCUCCGCACCUAGCGAGUUUGGCACAUGGGCGCGCUUGGCGGAGAUAUAUGUCAGCCUCGAGCAGUGGGAUCUUGCACUGCUGACACUCAACUCAUGUCCAAUGUUCACGUAUCAGGACAAGGAUGCUCCGCGAAUGCCAGAGCCCCAGAGGGUCUUUCUGCCUAUCAUGCCCGAAGCAAUGUGCGACGAGAUAGAAGAUUCCAAUGUCGACGACAUGGAACUCGUACAUCCAACCCUGAGAAAACUACACGCAGCCGGAUUCAAGGGUACCUUCCUGAAAGCAUACAUCCUGCUCACAGAAAUCACAAAGAAGAUCGGCUGGGAUCAACUCCUAAAGAUAAGAAGCCAAGUCUUUGUAAUGGAAGAGGAGUAUCGCCACGAGAAGACUGUCCAGCAACCGCACUCUCGCAGUGCAAGCACAACAGCUCUCCGGGCUCCAUCUCCUAAUUCGCAGGCCCAACAAGCCAACGGUAGCGAGCAUGGCGAAGUCCAGGAACGUCCGUCCACAGAUGCAAGCAAUACCCAGAAUGGCGAGGGCUCAGCUGCUGGUACAGAGACUGAACUGGAAAAGCCCGGCCAUACGGUUGCCUCUGAAGUUGUAAAGGCUGGCAGUGAAGACCCUCACCUACAUGACAACCAGAACGGCAACCCUGCCCAACCAAACUAUACACACUUCCAGAACAAGCGCUUGUGUGAGCGCUGGCUUGACAACCUCUUCAUGGUACUAUACGAAGACUUACGCGUAUACACAAUAUGGCGUACAGAAAUGGCGCAAUACCGCCAGCAGCAAUUGCUGUACAAGAAGAGUAGCGAAGAGUGGGAGAUCCUGGGUGAAUUGGCGGAGAGAUUGCAUCACACUGAGGAAGCUGUAGAAGCAUACGAGAACUGUCUGCAAAUCAAGUUCUCUCCCAAGGCAAUGAAGGGCGUACUCAAGCUGGGCGAAGGAAGGAAGCAAGUCAGAGAUGUCACGGCAGCACUGAUUCGCCUCAUCACCUGGCAGUACCGCUGGUACUCUGAGUUCUCGCCAGCUCUCCUCUACACCAUCCGAAAACUCAUCGAAGAGGAAGGUGCCGUCAAGAUCCGCAGCAUCGUCCAGGGAACUUCACUGCCCCAGCACGUCCUCGACCUUACCCACCAGUACGCUGCGUUAUGUGCUGCGUUUAGGAGCAGUGGGAGCGACGGCUAG